CUGGAUGCCCAGAGCGUGGCACGACGGGCCUCCGCCGAAAUUGUUCCGGGAUCGGUGGUCGCCGUCGGCGGCGGCUGGUCGGCCGCGGUGGCCGAUCUUGUCCCCGCGGAAAAGGGCGUGUGGUUUUUGCGGGCGGGAGGGACGCUUUCGGACCUGCCCAUCAACGCUGUCGACGCCGGCGCGGUCCUGCGCGGGGGCAAUGUAGAUCUAUCAAUCCUGACCGCCGCGCAGGUCGAUUCCAACGGAAGUAUCGCCGGUUACCAUGCCGCGGACUACCCCGGUCCACAGGGACAUGCCGGCCUCAUCGACCUCGCGGCCGGAGCCCGCCGCGUGGUCGCCGUUUUGCCCCACACCGCCGAUGAUGGCUCUCCCAACAUCGUAGAUACCCUGGCCCUUGCCGCCUGA